AUGGCGGACGAGAUCUUGGCGCGUCUGCCGGCCAAGUCCGUGGUCGCGUGCCGCAGCCUCUCCCGCGCCUGGGCCGCCGCGCUCUCCUCCGACGACUUCAUCGACCUGUACCAUAGCCUCCACGGUGGGCGCCUCAAGAUCCUCCGCCUGCACGAGGAGGCAAAGUCCUACACGGACCGCCACGGUGCCGCGCCGCCUGACGGCAUGCCGCUCGCCAUCUCGGCCGCAAGUUUCCCGAGCAUGGUCAAGGUGUUCUGGGAAGACUGGCCGACCAUUCCGAUACUCCUCACCACACAGUGCCGCGGCCUCAUCAUCGUCGAGUUGGACCCGAUGGGGCUCCUCUACGUGUGCAACCCUUCCACCGGCCAAAAGAGAGAGCUGCCGCAGGGCCGGACCACGGGCUGCGGGCGUAACCGUGAUCGGAUGCACGAGUACGCGAGCCUAGGGCUCGGCUACGACGCGCGCUCCAGGAGACACAAGGUUGUGCGGAUCUAUCACAAGGGCUAUGAUGGCGAGGGACGUCCAGCGUUUGCCGGGUGCGAGGUCUACGUGCUCAACGACACCGCCCAGUCGUGGCGACCGGUCCGCGCAAAGCCACCGGGCUGGGUGCAUCCCUACAAGAUUACCGUCUUUGCGCAGGGUCAUGUGUACUGGUUAGCCCACCGGAAGCAUCAUUUCUAUGAAGGCUACACCAGACCCAGUGAGAUGUUUAUUGCCUGCUUUUCCGUCUCCGAGGAGACCUUUGCGACGGUGCCGCCACCACCUGGCGUCGACAGCGAGACUUUGAGUAAACAGUGCUUGACGGUGCUCGCUGGGAGACUAUCCCUCUUCUCCUGGGGCUGCCCCGACCAUGGGCAACGCUACGACGUGUGGCUGCUGCGUGACUAUGGAACCAACACCGGAUGGGAUCUGCAUUGCCGAAUUGAUGUGGCCACGGCAUCGCCAGAGGUCUACAUAUUCUUGGGGCCUCGGUACGACGGCGGUCACGCCGACAGUUAUCCCCCCAUCAUCCCACUAGCCAUUGUCGACGACGGUCGCCGCAUCCUCCUCGCGAGAAGCGAGCUCCCGGACAAAAUAUGUGCUUACGCCCCAUUGACAGGUGACAUUGAGAACAUACUCGACUUUCGGAGCCUGCAAACUCUCGACCCCACGCCAUUGGAAUUUGCAGUGUAUGAGGAAAGCAUCUCCACUCUGGGAAGGCAGACAUGCAAGGACAUCAUAUUGACCUCCUCGCCGUCUACACAAGCCUUGUCGUUGCUGCUACGUCUGAUACCGGAACACACCCUCCCUAGUCUUAUGUGCGUCUGCAGAAGCUGGUGCACCACAAUAGCACUAUAUAUUGAUGGCCGUUCACGUUAUGGAUAUGCUCGAUCUUACAACUGCUAG